UUCUCAGGCUGGGUGCAGGAAGAUAGGUCAACACAAGGUACACCAAAGGUAGGAUGCACAGGCGACUAUGAGUGGAUUACACGGGGUGCCCGGAAGGCGGAUGGCUGUGAGUAGAUCCACAUGGCACAGAGUGCACAGAAAUUGUGAGUGGAUCCAUAUGGAGAUCAAGUAGGACAUCAAUACCAGCAGCUGCAGGUCGGAACUGGGCAUUCUCAUGCACUCAUGCUUUCCUAUCAACCUGAAUAAACACCCAGGGGGGUGUGGAUCUGCAUUUCCCCAGGAGCAAAUGGCAGCAAGGAGAGAGGGUCUUCACAUAUGGACACUGCUGAGAGUGCUCCCCAUUUCCCCAACCACUUCCCAGCCCUGGGCUGCCUUGCCCUUGUGGGCGGGGUGAGUAGGCUUGAAGACCAACAGAGGCCUUGGCAACCAGGCACCACUGUCAACAGUCACCACCCUGCAGGAGGCAAGGCAACCAUGGGCACAGGAAGCAUUCCAGCUCCUUGUGGUGUGUAGGGCAGCCCCUGGCCCUAGGAGAGGAGCCCUACCUAGAGCCAUGGAAAAAGUGAGUCUCCUCACCACCCUGGCUCCAGCUCCUUCCCUGAGGUCAGGAGAGGUACAGGUCCCAGGGACUGAGAACGGGAUGGUAGGCGAUCCUGGGGGUGCCCCAGCAUGGGCCGGGAGCCUGCAGGCAGAGCUUUCACCCGCUCUGGAGCUGAGUGAGGAGCAGCGGCUGCAGAUCUCCAAAGAGUUCAUUGACCUUCAGACCAUAAUGCACCACCUGCAGGAGCAGCAUGAGGCUGAAGUCUUCCAGUUGAGGAGGGAGGUCCUUCAGCUAGAGAGUCGGGUGCUGGAGCUGGAGCUGCAUGGAGAUUAUGCCAGCCACAGAGCAACAGCAGAAGCUGGCCUGGGGCACUGCCAAGUACUGGCACCAGAAUUCAGCCACAAAGCUCAGGGACCUGAACCCCGGAAGCACCAGAGACCCCAGGUCACCAUGAACACAUGGAGGGCUGGGUUAGGGGUGCCAGUGAACACCAUGGGGCACAGCAAGGCAGAAACCUGCUCCCUGCUCCUCAAUCGUGUCUUUCUGUCCAUAAUGACACAGCCCAAGGACACCCUGAUUCCUGAGCAAGAGCAAGUGAAACUAGGGAGUAACCUGCCGGGGGUCCAGGAACGCCUGCAGGAAGAUGGGACGUGGGCGCUGGAGCCUCACAGGGCCCCGCAGCAGGCCCUGGAGAAACGAGUGGAAGCACUGGGCCGGCAGCUGCUGAGAACCCAAGAAGAAGCCAGGGUAGCCAGGAAGCGACUGGUCACACAAGCUAUGGCACUAUCCACCUGCCAGGGCCAGCUCUGUCAGGCUGAGGCUGACAAUGCCCGGCUGCAGCUGCGGCUAAAAAGGCUGACGGAAGAGUACGCUGUGCGGCUGCAGCGCUGUGCACAGCAGGCAGUGGAACACGCCUGUGGUUCAGGCCAGGUUUCCCUUCGGACAUUCCUGGAAGCUACUCUGGAGGACAUCAGAACAGCACACCGCAGCCGUGAGCAACAGCUGGCACAGGCCGCCAGGGCCUAUCGCAAGCGCCUGGCAGAUUUAAGUCAUAGGCAUGAGCUGCUGCUGGCCACCUGCAGGGACCUGGCCACUGUGUCCUGGGCCAAGAUCCACCAGAAGCUCCAGGACUUCUCCAGGAACACCCAGGCAGAGUUGGAACAUCAGCAGGCCCAGCUGCUGGUCCGAGCCACGGUGGCUGAAGAGCAGCUUGCUGAGCUACAGGAGUAUGUAGACCAGCAUCUAGGCAGGUAUAGGCAGGAAAUCCUGAAGUUGAGGAAGUUGGUGGGUUCCAAGGACCCCUGGAAUGUACAGGCCAUAUCUCCAACCAGGCCCCAGCUUCCAAGGACACGCAGCCGGUAGCCUGUUUUCCAAGAAGCAGCCAGCACU